CGGCGUCAUAAUUGUUGAGGCUCAAAAGACGGCACCCUACCGAGUACCUCAUUAUUAAGACGAUAAUUGCAGUUGAACCGGCAGUGCCGGUCGAUUGAACAAGAUGGAUUCCAGACCAUUGAACGAGAAGGCCUCCCAGGAAACAUUCAUAUCUCUUCUACAACUCGAUCCGUCCCCGAUUGAGUCCCCAAAGGCCGAUACGGAGAAAGACCUUCCCCCGUUGCCGGAGCACCCUGUUGAGAGCUCGACUUCUUCGCCCAAAUCCCCGGGAACUACCACAUCAGUAGGCCUAAGCGGAUCCGGCCAUGGCGCCAUAUAUUACCUGAUCCGCAUCCAGCGCUACUCCUCGUACACCCUCACCAUAUUCACGACCCUCCACCUCGUAACCACCUCCCUGAUCCCGCUAGCGACGCGCUCCGUGGCCGCCUCCGAAUCCUACCUUCUCCUCGCCCGCGAGAUCUACCAAACGCCGCUCUCCGAGCCCCUCCUCGUAACCCUCCCCGCCCUCGCGCACGUCGCCUCAGGCCUCGCGAUCCGCCUCCUCCGGCGCGCCCAGAACGUCCGCCGCUACGGCGGCGCCACCCCGGGCGUCGCGGCCUACGGCCACGGCCGCCCGCGCGCCCGCGUCUGGCCGCCGCUGAGCUACGUGUCGCUGGGCGGUUACGCGCUCGCGGCGUUCGCGGGGGCGCACGCCUUCAUGAACCGCGCGCUGCCGCUCGCCGUCGAGGGCGACAGCGCCAACGUCGGCCUCGCCUACGUCGCCCACGGCUUCGCGCGCCACCCGGCCGUGUCGUGGGUCGCGUACGCGGGGCUUGUCUCCGUCGCCUGCGGGCACGUCGUCUGGGGCUGGGCCAGGUGGCUGGGCGUCGCGCAGGCGGCCGGGUGGACGCCCGGCGCGCCCACGGGGAACGCGGCGCUGGAUAAGAGGGUGCGGAGGAGGAGGAGGCGGGUCUGGUUCGCGAUCCAUGGUGUGGCAGUUGGGCUGGCCGGCUUGUGGGCGGCGGGCGGGCUGGGAGUCGUUGCGAGGGGCGGACUGCAGCUUGGCUGGGUUGGGAAGCUUUACGAUGGUCUGUAUGACACGAUACCCGGGCUAUAGCAUGGGAAACAAAGCAACCUUCGCGGGCAGAACGUUGCCCAGUUUCGUGGGCUGGACAGUAUCAUCUGUCACUCUGCGAAGGCGUCACCGAUUCCGGCGAUUUGCAUCAGCAUACAUAUUUACCAUAUAUGCAUAUAUCUAGAAUAAAGCACAUAUGAUUAGGCCACGGUCUUUCCCA